GUUGAAUUCCAAGAAAUGUCAUUUCGCUAAGUCAGAACUUAAAUUUCUUGGCUAUGUCAUUAAUGAAGAUUGCAUUUCUACUAACUUGAAAAAGAAAGAACAUUCCAUAUACCUGGACCUGAGAUCACAAGAUGAUAUCUCUAAGAUUGUGUUGGGAGCUAUACUUGCACAAAAAGACCCCCAAGAAAGAGAGCAGAUGAUUUAUUAUGCAGUAGAACUAUAA